UUCUCUCUCUCUUCAUGUGUGGCCGCGCCAAGCGAGAGAGAGCGGAGGAGUUGGAGCGACGAUGUGCGCACUCCAAGCAUCUCUCCUCUGCAGAGCGCCAUCGUCCUCGUCCUCGUCAACGCGAACCAGGAAGCUCCUCCCUCCUCCUCUUCACGCCGUCUUCCUCCGUCCGCCGCCGCCGCCUCUGCCUAACUCCCUAUCCUUCCCCGCCUCUCGAAGGCACCGACCCUUCCUUAUCCUCCGCCUCCGCUGCUUGUGCUCCUCGACGCCACCUGAUUCCUUUGGUUCUACUCCCGAUGCCGGCGUCGACCCCUUCCCUUUCGAUCCGAAUCCGCCGCCCGAAUUGAGCGACGCGCAUGCUGCUCCGGAUUCGCUGUUUGGCGACGGGGAAGGUGUGCUCGAGGUUGAAGCGUCCACGGAAUCGGGCAGUGUUCGUCAAGCUGCUAUUUCGUCCGAGUCCGUCGAUGACGCCGUUGCGAGCGAAGGGAAAGCGCCGGUUCUUGUGUUUCUUGGGGGAUUGGCUGCCGGCGCGGGAAAGUGGGUUUCGGCUCCCGGUUUCGUGCGGUGGUGGAGUUGGUUGCCGUUCUGGGGGCAGGAGAAGCGGCUCGAGAGGCUUCUUGCGGAGGCGGACGCGAAUCCUAAGGACGCGUCCAAGCAGAGUGCGCUUUUGGCGGAGCUCAACAAACACAGCCCUGAAUCUGUUAUAAAACGUUUUGAACAAAGAGAGCAUGCUGUGGAUUCUAAAGCCGUAGCAGAAUAUCUCCGUGCUCUUGUAGUCACUGAUGCUAUAUCUGAGUAUCUUGCAGACGAGAAAUCUGGGAAACCUUCCAGCCUUCCUGCAUUGUUGCAGGAAUUGAAGCAGCGUGUUUCAGGAAACACAGAUGAUCCAUUCUUGAAUCCUGGAAUUUCCGAGAGGCAGCCAUUGCAUGUGGUGAUGGUUGAUCCCAAGGCACCAAAUAAAUCUACACGAUUUGUUCAAGAGCUUGUCUCUACCAUCCUCUUCACAGUUGUUGUUGGACUGAUGUGGGUUAUGGGUGCAGCUGCUCUUCAAAAAUAUGUUGGAAGUCUAGGUGGUAUAGGUAGUCCUGGCGUUGGCUCUAGUUCUUCAUAUGCUCCAAAGGAACUAAACAAAGAAAUUACGCCAGAGAAGAAUGUUAAAACCUUUAAGGAUGUUAAAGGAUGUGAUGAUGCAAAACAUGAACUUGAGGAAGUUGUUGAAUACUUAAAAAAUCCAUCUAAAUUUACUCGCCUUGGAGGCAAGUUACCUAAGGGUAUUCUUUUGACUGGAGCUCCUGGAACUGGAAAAACUCUUCUUGCAAAGGCUAUUGCUGGAGAAGCUGGAGUCCCUUUUUUCUACCGUGCAGGUUCUGAGUUUGAAGAAAUGUUUGUUGGAGUUGGUGCUCGGCGUGUACGAUCAUUAUUUCAAGCUGCUAAAAAAAAGGCACCUUGCAUCAUCUUCAUCGAUGAAAUAGAUGCAGUUGGUUCCACCAGGAAACAGUGGGAAGGCCAUACAAAGAAAACGUUGCAUCAGUUGCUUGUCGAAAUGGAUGGAUUUGAGCAAAAUGAGGGAAUAAUAUUGAUGGCAGCUACAAACUUGCCAGACAUUCUUGAUCCUGCUUUAACGAGACCUGGUAGAUUUGACAGGCAUAUUGUUGUUCCUAAUCCAGAUGUGAAGGGCAGGCAAGAGAUUUUAGAGCUGUAUUUGCAAGACAAGCCUUUAGCCGACAAUGUGGAUCUAAAAGCACUUGCACGAGGCACACCUGGAUUCAAUGGGGCAGAUUUGGCCAACCUUGUCAACAUUGCUGCCAUUAAGGCUGCUGUUGAAGGUGUUGAGAAAUUAAGCAGUGCACAAUUGGAAUUUGCUAAGGAUAGAAUAAUUAUGGGUACUGAACGCAAAACAAUGUUCAUAUCAGAGGAAUCUAAAAAGCUAACAGCUUACCAUGAAAGUGGUCAUGCUAUCGUUGCAUUUAACACUGAUGGAGCACACCCAAUACAUAAGGCAACUAUCAUGCCCAGAGGCUCAGCUCUAGGAAUGGUCACCCAGCUUCCAUCCAGUGAUGAGACGUCAAUCAGCAAGAAACAGUUGUUGGCCCGACUUGAUGUUUGUAUGGGCGGUAGAGUUGCAGAAGAGCUAAUUUUUGGUCCUGAACACAUUACAACUGGUGCUAGUAGUGACUUGCAUAGUGCUACUGAGCUUGCCCACUAUAUGGUGUCAAGUUGUGGUAUGAGUGAUGCAAUUGGGCCUGUAUAUGUUCAAGAUCGCCCAGGUUCAGAGAUGCAAUCACGAAUUGAUGCAGAGGUGAUGAAGCUCAUAAAAGAAGCAUAUGACCGUGUUAAGAUUCUGUUGAAGAAGCAUGAAAGUGCAUUGCAUGCAUUGGCAAAUGCACUUCUUGAAUAUGAGACAUUGACUGCACAAGACAUCAAGAAGAUUCUCAAUCCUUACCGAGAAGUGCGGCCAAGUGAAGAUGCAAAAGAUAUCAUUGAUGCUUACCAAGGUCAAGUUUCGGAAGGACAAGAGGAGCUUGAGAUCAGUUAACACUUGCAGCCUCUCCAGCCAUAUAGUGUACAGUAUUAUGGCAAUUAUGCUGGAAAAAUUGUACGAUAUAAAAUAUUUCAUCUAGGUUUUUACUAUUGGAAUGGCAUUCAUAUUUAUGAGCAUUUUUUAAACGGGCAAGAAAUUUUACCUAAGAUACAAAACGAGAGACCUUGUCGUCAGCCGUGGAGGUGCGGUAUGGCUCCAGCGAUUUUGCUUCUCUCUGCUUCAGCAGUAUUUUGUGGUCGAUAGUUUUGGUUCUCUGCUGGCACACUUUUGUGUUUAACCAUGAUGCCUUGUUUCUUUAUGGAACAUAACUCUGUAAAAGGAAGACACUCUAAUAUAACAAUGCUACUUCUCUUUGAAAUGUUAAAAUCUCGAAUUUGUACUGUGGAA